UCGUUGAAGUUCAAACUGCCACCCGGAGUUGAGCUGAAUUUGAAUUCUGCUCUUGCGGAUCACUUUUCUCCUCCUGGAUUUAAAUCUGUUUAUGUCCUAACUGACGUUUCCAGCCACUUCACGCCGGCCCCACCGCAUCUGCCGGCCGGCGUGUUCAACGUUUCCUUUAUUGUAAACAACAAUGAAGUGGGAGACAUUCGAACAGAGCAGGAGGCACCAAUCAUUUGUAGUCUGCGCCCGAGAAGCGGCUUUUGAAUCCCUCCUUCUCUGCCCACUCAUUGGCUGCGAGAGGAGUAGCGACAGUGUUUAAUGCACCAUGCGGUGUCCGCCGGAGUUCAGUCAGUGAGAGGAAGCGCUCGGGGUGCAGGGGCGCUGCGUUACGUGCGGAAAAUAGUAAAUAACGACUGCGAGUUUGCGUUCAAGAGAAUCACCCUUCUCCUGACAUCCGCGGGGAGACUUGUGCCAGAACGCUGCGUUGUUAGGCGCUGACCACCUCCACGGCAGCUGUCUCUCUAUCUCGUUUUCUCUCUCUGUGUGGACUUUGACGGGGGACGACCGACAAGGACAAAAAUGCCACUACGGGAAUCAGUAACUCCGCGCCGCCACGGACUGGUGGAAAAAACAACGAUCGCGGUUUAAACAUCCACUUUGGAUCUACCUUGCUGCUUAUCUGGAUUUUUUCCCCCCUUCUUCAUAGAGUAUUUCUCCUAACAGUUUUCCUUCCUGAAGAACGGUGACUCACUGCAGGCUGAAGGCGAGCAGCUGCAUCCUAAUCAGACAGCGGAGAGGACUUCAGCUCAUUGACAUUACAGUCAUACUUUUCUGGAGCACUUUUUUUUUUUUUUUUUUUUUUUUUUUUUUUUAUUUCCACUGCGCUGCACUGUAGCCUGCGUGUGCAUCGGAGGCUUGUGGCUUUUUUAUCCCCCCCUGCGCAGACUAGGGAAGGGGAACACGGGUACAGAAGUGGUUAGGGAAUGAAACUCCCCGAACCGCACUGGAACUGACUGUUCAGAUUCUCCCAACCUUUUCCCCCCUUCUUCCUCUUCAUCAUCAUCUUCUUUUUGGAUUGGAUAUUGAAGCAGUUUCUUUGGGUGGUAUGAGUGAACACUUACAAUGACUAUUCUGUUUGGAGACUGGAUCGCGAUUAUUGCUCAGAUGAGUCUGGGUGCUCAGCUGAAUAUAAAUUAGGUGUUCAGCACCACAGAUUGCUGCCAGAGGAAGAAACGACAGAGAAAGACAAUCUACAGAUUGACAAAUGUCAAGGCAUCGCAUGAUGAACAGGACUCUUCACUUGAUCCCGAAUAAUAGAAAUACCAAAUUUCAUCAAAAAAUCAACAGGUCACGGGAAGCGUAAAGACACAACAGAUUACUGCAGCUUUUACUGACUGGAGAUGUAUCUUUCUAUUUUCUUUUUCCUCCUCUUGUGGGCUCAAGCCCUGACAUUGAAAAACUUGAAUUACUCUGUCCCGGAGGAACAAGGUCCGGGAACAGUGAUUGGGAACAUUGCCAAAGAUGCCAGACUUGGACUCGAACAGACAGGACAGGGAGGACAGGGUAAGAAAGCCAACUUCAGGGUGCUGGAGAACUCGGCGCCGCAUCUCAUUGACGUGGACCCCCAAAGUGGACUGCUGUACACAAAACAGCGCAUAGACAGGGAAACAUUAUGUAAGAGAAACCCCAAGUGCCAGCUUUCCAUGGAGGUGUUUGCCAACGACAAGGAGAUAUGUAUGAUCAAAAUAGAUAUUCAGGACAUUAACGACAACUCGCCUUCUUUCCCCUCAGAUCAAAUUGAUAUUGACAUUUCUGAAAAUGCAGUGCCAGGGACACGCUUUCCCCUGACCAGUGCUCAUGACCCAGAUGCAGGGGAAAACGGCCUGAAAACCUAUCAAAUAACACGAGAUGACUACAAUCUCUUUUCCUUGGAGGUCAAAUCCCGUGGGGAUGGGACUAAAUUCCCAGAAUUAGUUAUUCAACGCCCACUGGACCGAGAAGAGCGAAGCCAUCACACCCUUAUUUUGUCAGCCACUGAUGGGGGAGAAUAUCCUAGGUCAGGUACCAUGCAGAUAAAUGUUAAAGUUAUUGAUUCCAAUGACAACAGUCCGGUCUUUGAUCAGCCCUCAUAUGUUGUGGAAAUUCCUGAAAAUUCGCCUCCUGGUAAAGUCUUGAUUGAUUUAAACGCUACUGAUCCUGAUGAAGGUAACAAUGGACAAAUAGUCUAUUCUUUUAGUGGCUAUGCCCCAGAGAGAAUCCGGGAGCUGUUUUCCAUAGAUUCAAGAACAGGGGUCAUAAAGAUUCAGGGUGAAAUUGACUACGAAGAAAGCUCACUUAUUGAGAUUGACGUCCAGGCAAAGGAUCUAGGUCCCAAUCCAAUCCCAGGCCAUUGUAAAGUCACCGUUAAAGUGCUGGACAAAAAUGAUAACUGGCCAUCUAUAGGCUUUGUGUCUGUGAGACAAGGAGCCAUCAGUGAGGCAGCACCUUCAAGCACUGUCAUUGCUCUGGUCCGUGUCACGGACAAGGACUCAGGCAGGAAUGGGCAGCUUCAGUGCAGGGUGCUGGGUAAUGUCCCUUUUAAACUUGAGGAGAACUAUGAUAACUUUUACACAGUGGUGACAGACAGGCCCUUGGACAGAGAGGUGCAGGAUGAGUACAAUGUUACGAUUGUGGCGAAAGACAAUGGGAUUCCUCCUCUAAACUCCACAAAAUCCUUCACUGUAAAGAUUCUGGAUGAGAAUGACAACGUUCCUCGCUUUACCAAGUCAGUGUACCUUCUUCAGAUCCCAGAGAACAACAUCCCUGGGGAGUACCUAGGUUCUGUUCUUGCACAUGAUCCAGACCUCGGCCAGAAUGGCACAGUGUACUACAGCAUAAUCAACUCAAACGUGAGUGGGGGCGACGUUAACACCUAUGUUAAUGUGAACGCUGCUAACGGAGCCAUCUAUGCUGUGAGAUCUUUCAACUAUGAGCAAAUAAAGUAUUUUGACUUUAAGGUUCUUGCUAGAGAUGCAGGAUCUCCACACCUAGAGAGCAACGCUACCGUACGCAUCAGCAUUCUGGAUGUCAACGACAACAUCCCUGUCAUAGUUUUGCCACUUCUCCAAAAUGACACGGCUGAAAUCCACGUCCCGCGAAAUGUUGGAGUUGGCUACAUUGUUACCACAGUGAGGGCGGUGGAUAAUGACUACGGUGAGAGUGGGAGGCUCACCUAUGAAAUCUCAGAUGGCAAUGACGAGCACCUCUUUGAGAUUGAUCCAGUUACUGGGGAGGUGCGAACUGCCCACCCAUUUUGGGACGAUGUGAGUUCCAUGGUGGAGCUGAUCAUCCGAGUAGCGGACCAUGGCAAGCCAAGUCUGAGUGCUGCUGCCAGACUCAUCAUCAAGGCUUCCAACGGACGUCCCCCUGAUGGACUGCCACACAUGAAGGACAAUCAGAACUGGGACAUGUCUCUGCCUCUUAUUGUGACUCUGAGCAUCAUAUCUAUCAUGCUUCUGGCUGCCAUGGUGACCAUAGCUAUCAAAUGCAAGCGAGAAAAUAAGGAGAUCCGUACUUAUAAUUGUCGCAUUGCAGAAUACUCGCAUCCUCAACUUGGGAAAGGCAAGAAGAAGAAGAUUAACAAGAACGACAUCAUGCUGGUGCAGAGCGAGGUGGAGGAGCGGGAUGCCAUGAAUGUGAUGAAUGUGGUAAGCAGUCCUUCCUUGGCCACCUCUCCCAUGUACUUUGACUACCAGACACGCCUGCCACUCAGCUCACCAAGGUCAGAGGUCAUGUACCUCAAGCCCACUGCCAAUAACCUCAGCGUGCCCCAAGGCCACGUGGGAUGCCACACCAGCUUCACAGGCCCAGUCACCAGCACUACAGACACCCCUACUAACCGCAUGUCCAUCAUACAGACGGACAAUUUCCCCACUGAGCCUAAUUAUAUGGGUAGCAGACAACAGUUUGUUCAAAGUAGCUCAACAUUCAAAGAUCCCGAGCGAGCGAGCCUCAGAGACAGCGGCCAUGGCGACAGCGACCAGGCCGACAGUGACCAGGACACCAACAAAGGCUCCUGCUGUGAUAUGUCUGCAAAGGAGGCGCUGAAGUUGAAGGCGUCGGGAGUGAAACCGCCCCCUCUGGAGCAAGAUGAGGAUUGUGUGAAUUGUACAGAGGAGUGCAGAGUACUGGGUCAUUCUGACCGCUGCUGGAUGCCCCAGUUCCCUGCCGGAGGAAACCAGGCUGAGGGUGUCGACUACCGCAACAAUAUGUUUGUGCCGGCGGGCAUGGAGACUCUGCCUGAGACGGAGACGUACGAGACUGUCAAUCCCAACGGCAAGAAGACAUUCUGCACUUUCGGCAAAGAGAGGCGUGACCACACCAUCCUGGUCGCCAACGUCAAGCCCUACCUGAAAGCGAAGCGCGCCCUCAGUCCGCUGCUCCAGGAAGUACCCUCGGCCUCUGGCAGCCCCACCAAGGGCUGCUCCACCAUGUCUCCCUGCUCUGCGGUCAAAAGCCCAGCCGACGGGGCUGAAGGCAAGCCUCCUCCCGCCACCUGCUCCGGCCACUACGGGCCUCCCGACGGUCAGUACCUGUCACCCACCAAACAAACCAGAGACCAGGGGGUGUACCCGUCCUUGCCUUCCUCGGACCCGGUGGCCAAAGUGCUCGCGGAGGCCCGCUCCAGGAUCAGCCAGGAGGCGACAGGCGAAAUGGAGUGCGCCCUGGAGCAGGUGGAGCCGGACGGGGGCCGCGACGGAAUGGACGCUGACCAGGUGGUGCGGGACAUCGACAAACUAUUGCAGGACUGCAGAGGAAGUGAGGCCACUGGCACACUCAGGAAGUGACACAGAGGAACGCGGCGAACGAGAAGUCGGAAGGCAGAGAGAAGAGGAGUAGGAUGCUACUUCAAAAACUCUCGCGCCAAAACUGUCACCAAAACGAAUUGAAAAGGAUAAAUGGCUCUUACGGAAGGAGCUUUUUUUUCCCCACUGCAUUUGUUGUAGAAAAGUACCAACACUGAACAGACAGACGUUUAUUAUGUCGGUUGUUUGGCACCGGUUCUGGUGCCGUGAUCCCUACCCACAAAAAUGGAACUGAAUAACGGACAUGCGAAUUCUGCUGAAUUUAUAAACUCUUUUCGUUUUGGAUUCUUAAGCAAAUUGCAGAGGUUUACGCCUCUGGCACCUCGCAAGCUAUUAUCUAAGUGCCCACCAGCUCAUAAGUGUGUUUGUUCAUGGUCUCUCGUGAAAUCCUACAUAUCUAAUUGUGUGUAGGGGGGGGAUUUUUUUGGUACGCGUGACGGACAACGAAACUGAAUGAAAAAGGACUAUUUAUGGUCAGACAUGACAAUCGAAAACGGAGGAACAAAUUUGAAUUUGUUUGGGACGGCGAAAGGCCGAGAAACGCAAAAGAACCUUAUCUUUUUUUGAAUUUAAUAUAGGUGUUUAACAUGUGAUGGAUCCGGUUUCUGAACGCGAAGAGAUUGGCUAAUCAGGGGUUUGCGGAGGACUGGUCGCUGGAGCGGCUUAAAAGCGCCACUGAAGGAGAUUUAUUAACAGUGUAACCAUGUUUCACCCGUCAUUUGUAGCUACAUGUGUAAGCUGUGUCUGUCUCACGCCCCUAUUUAAAUGUUCAUGUUGCUGACCGGUGUAGUUACACGCACCACUUUUACACACGUGCACUACGCUUUUCGCAAAAAACAUGCGGCCACAUGCACUGAUGUCCCACCACACACACGCACACAAAUGCACACACAAACACGAACGCUUAAACACGAUUGUCCAUCUGUGGAAUUGUCUUAUACAUGUACAUCAUCAGCUUUCAGUCCCUUGUGUACAGUGAAUUAUCAUGUGUGUGACUCUGCCUUAAGGCAAUCACAAGUUGUAUAAAAAGGGACAUUUUUCCUCAACUGUGAAAAGAUAAUAUCUAUAUGAUCAUAUAGAUGACUGUAUGUAUGAAUCCAUGUAUAGUGUCCAAAUAUUAACAAAAUAUUUAUACAUUUUUUUAAGAAAAAAAAAAAAAAAGAAGAAGAAGAAAUGAGGAAUCUCAACAAAAAUGUGUCCUGGAGUUACAAAGUCACGAGUGCGGGAAUUAACUCAAAGAACUGCGAAAGGACACUGCCAUUGUUUCGAAGACAAUUAUCCAAAUAUAUAAAUGAACAAGAAAAUGUCCCUUCACAUUAUCACUAUACAUAAUAUCAUUAUAUGUGUAAAUGUAACCAAUUUAGAUGUGUUUACAUCAAAAAAAUUGACAUAUUUUUUAUUGAUUUUACUGCAAUUUCUGUGCAUUUGAGCCAAAUUGUUAUGUGUACAAAAGCUAUAUUGUGUAUUUUAUUAAAUUAAUAUAUAGUUGUGUUGCAAUAUA